AUUCUUUUCCUGUUUUCACAUCCGGAAUCAAAAUAGUUUCCGUUUCUUCUCUGAUUGUUUUAUAUUGUGGCUCCAGCCUCCAUAUUCUACAAGAAAGAAACAUCCACACUUCUUACGGCUUUGUUUUAAGAGCGUUGCUGUAUUCGGUGACUUGCGUGUUGCUGGCCCUACCCUUGUUCAAGCAACUGGAGAGUAUUUCGUCACUUGGGCCUUGGAAACAAAAAGAUUUUGGUGAAUAGAAAGAUGCACACAAGAGAAGAGUAAAAUGUUAACAAUUAGACAUCCACCAAGAGACAUUCAGUCCAAGUGUCUUUAAUCCAUUUGGGACUUACUGUAUCUGAGUUCUAUUUGGUGCAAGGUUGAACCUGAACAAAAACUAUGGGCAAUAAAGUUUCAGGAUGUGUGAAAAAAGAAGCUGCGAGAAACCUGUAUGUGAAGAUGAUGAAAAAAGGAGCAUAUGAACAAGACAUAAAAAGCAUGAAGUACACAAAGAAAAUUUUAGAACAAGCAACAAUUAAAGGAUUGGAAAGUAUUCUUGACUUAAUAUUAAAGCUUAAAGUGCUCCCUGCAGCUUUUUGUAUGACUGGACUAGGAGCAAUCAUUCUUGCUGGUUGUGUUGCUGUAGACCUAUUUCGAAACAACUCUGAAAAUGUCAGUGAAAUGACUGAGAACGCAGUCCGUAAAAUACUCCAUGAGGAAUCCAUUCAGGAAAUCAGUAACCUCAUUAUCGCUUAUCAGAAUCGCUACGAAAUGUUUGCAAACAACAAAAAGAAACUUUGUGAAGAAGUUACAAUCUAUGAAAGGGACCUGUUUAACCAGCUCAAUCGAGCCAGCCAAAAUAUGCUUAAAUAUCCCCGAAGUGCGACUGUGUCAAACUUCCUAGCCUGGUUGAAAGGUGCCAGAAUGUAUCUGGAAAUGCUUUCUGACAUGGUUUACUUGGGCGUUAUCGACUCAUCUGCAGUGGUUCAGGUAGCGCAUGUCCACUGUGUUACCAUGAGUGAACUGGCACUUGCAGUCAAGAAACAAAAGAGGUCAGUCAUUCACUUGUUUCGGUUUCCUUUAGGCAUCAGCUUGACAGACAAGGAAGCGGGUCAUUCUGUUUGCGUAUAUUACCCUCACUUCAGUUUCAACGAUAUCAAUGAUAUCAAGGAUCAAUACCUGACGCUGCUUCUUGAUGAUCAACUUAAAAGUGUAAAGGAACAGUUUAAAUCUCUUAUCAUUGACUUUCAAAAAAAUUCCUGGGCAAAAUUUACAAAGUACCUCAGGACAGUACUAUAUCUGAAUGUUGUGACCAGUAGGUUAGGAACAUCACUGAGUUUUUUUUAAAUUAAAAAAAAAAGCAUGCCUGGGUAGAGUCAGGUUCACACAGACCCAGGGUUUCAGUUGUGCUUUCAGCUGACGUUAUUUGGAGUUGAUGCUGACGCAACUCUGUCUGUCUGCCUGUCUCUCUCUCUCUCUAUUGCAGUAAAACACUUCGAGUCAUAGAGUCAUAGAGAUGU